UGAAUAUGUAUCAGAAUGUUAAUGACGAGGCGCUGCUAAAUUUGGUCUAAGGAGUCACCUCGGCAGAGCGUGCGGUGGGAGCGGCGCGGAGCGGUUGCGCUGGGCGCGGGGCAGGGCUGGGCUGGACAGGGCAGGGCAGGGCAGGGCUAGGCGGGCCGAGCCGCGCCGCGCCGCGCCGCGCCGCCCGGCGCUCCGAACCCGCUGCUACCGCUUCCCGGAGUUUGGACAGGCGGAGGAGAACGAGAAAGCAAAAUACAAAUAAAACAGCGCGGACCGUACCCUCUUCGUCCUCUCUCCCUCUUUUUGAUUUUUUAAUUUUUUUCUCUUUUUUUUAAAAUAUAUUUAAAAAUUUUUUUAUGUUGUUUUUGAGCGACCCACUCGAGCGGAGCCUCGUGAUGCGGUAGCGGGCAGGAGUGGUCCCCGCACUUCGGCCCCGCGGCAGCGCCGCCCCGCCCGGCGCCGCUACCCCGCCGCCGGCCCUAAAAGUUUGCGGGAGGCGGAGAACUGCGGACGGGGACCUUCAGCGCAGCGCCCCCGGCCCAGGGUGUCUCCCUGCCCUCCUCCUUCUCCUCCUCUUCGUGCUCCUCCUCUCUCGCCGGAGCGCUCGAAGCGGCGGUGCUCAGGGAGAAGCCGCUCGGCGCCGCCCGCCAUCGGGGGAUGUGGCAGCGGCCCCCGGGCCCCGGGGACGCCGCUGCCGCGCCUCGCUGCCGCUACCGCCCGGGGUGCCCCGCCAGCCCCGGGGCGGCGGGACCGGGGCGCCCCUUCCUGUCGCCGCGCCCCAGCACCGAGCCCUGAGCGCGGCCGCCAGCGCCCCCCGAAGCGGCGUGGAUGAUCCGCGACUUGAGCAAGAUGUACCCGCAGACCCGGCACCCGGCUCCGCACCAGCCAGCGCAGCCCUUUAAAUUCACCAUCUCCGAGUCCUGCGAUCGGAUUAAGGAGGAGUUCCAGUUCCUGCAGGCGCAGUACCACAGUUUAAAGCUAGAAUGUGAGAAGCUGGCCAGCGAGAAGACAGAGAUGCAACGGCAUUAUGUCAUGUAUUAUGAGAUGUCGUAUGGGCUGAAUAUAGAAAUGCAUAAACAGGCAGAAAUUGUCAAGAGGCUGAAUGCUAUAUGUGCACAAGUCAUUCCCUUCCUGUCCCAAGAGCAUCAGCAGCAAGUGGCUCAAGCUGUAGAACGUGCCAAACAAGUGACCAUGGCUGAACUGAAUGCCAUCAUCGGGCAGCAACAACUCCAGGCCCAGCAUUUGUCACAUGGACAUGGUCUCCCUGUACCUCUCACUCCGCAUCCCUCAGGCCUGCAGCCUCCAGCCAUCCCACCCAUUGGCAGCAGUGCUGGCCUUCUGGCACUGUCCAGUGCAUUGGGGGGGCAGUCACACCUCCCAAUCAAGGAUGAAAAAAAGCACCAUGACAACGAUCACCAAAGAGACAGAGACUCCAUCAAGAGCUCUUCUGUAUCUCCCUCAGCCAGUUUCAGAACAGCAGAAAAGCACAGAAACUCAACAGAUUAUUCUUCAGAGAGUAAAAAACAAAAAACAGAAGAGAAAGAAAUAGCAGCUCGUUAUGACAGUGAUGGUGAAAAGAGUGAUGACAACUUGGUAGUUGAUGUUUCCAAUGAGGAUCCUUCCUCUCCACGGGGGAGCCCAGCACACUCUCCAAGGGAGAAUGGCCUGGACAAGACUCGACUGCUGAAGAAAGAUGCGCCAAUUAGUCCAGCAUCUAUUGCAUCCUCCAGCAGUACUCCUUCCUCCAAAUCCAAAGAACUUAGCCUUAAUGAGAAAUCUACUACUCCUGUAUCUAAAUCAAAUACCCCAACUCCACGGACUGACGCACCAACUCCAGGCAGCAACUCCACUCCUGGACUGAGGCCCGUGCCAGGCAAACCUCCAGGUGUGGACCCACUAGCUUCAGGUUUAAGGACACCUAUGGCAGUGCCAUGUCCCUAUCCAACUCCAUUUGGCAUUGUGCCACAUGCUGGUAUGAAUGGAGAGCUGACCAGCCCUGGAGCUGCCUAUGCUGGUCUGCACAACAUUUCCCCUCAGAUGAGUGCAGCAGCGGCAGCAGCUGCAGCAGCUGCAGCUUAUGGGAGAUCUCCAGUGGUUGGUUUUGAUCCACAUCAUCACAUGCGAGUCCCAGGCAUCCCUCCCAAUCUCACAGGCAUCCCAGGAGGAAAACCGGCAUACUCAUUUCAUGUAAGUGCAGAUGGCCAAAUGCAGCCUGUUCCUUUCCCUCCCGAUGCCCUCAUUGGUCCGGGAAUCCCUCGCCAUGCCCGUCAGAUCAACACUCUGAACCAUGGGGAAGUUGUGUGUGCAGUUACCAUCAGCAACCCCACAAGACAUGUGUACACGGGUGGCAAGGGGUGCGUCAAAGUCUGGGAUAUCAGCCACCCUGGCAACAAGAGCCCUGUCUCUCAGCUCGACUGCCUGAACAGAGAUAACUACAUCCGUUCCUGCAGAUUGCUCCCUGACGGCCGCACCCUGAUUGUUGGUGGAGAAGCCAGCACGUUAUCCAUUUGGGACCUGGCAGCUCCAACUCCACGCAUUAAAGCAGAGCUGACAUCUUCUGCUCCAGCUUGCUAUGCCCUGGCUAUCAGCCCUGAUUCCAAGGUCUGCUUUUCCUGCUGUAGUGAUGGGAAUAUUGCAGUGUGGGAUCUGCAUAACCAGACUUUGGUAAGACAAUUUCAGGGUCACACAGACGGAGCCAGCUGCAUUGACAUUUCUAAUGAUGGCACCAAGCUUUGGACAGGAGGCUUGGACAAUACGGUCAGAUCCUGGGACCUCAGAGAAGGGAGACAGCUACAGCAACAUGACUUCACAUCACAGAUCUUCUCACUGGGCUAUUGUCCAACUGGUGAAUGGUUGGCAGUAGGAAUGGAGAACAGUAACGUUGAGGUGCUGCAUGUUACUAAACCGGACAAGUAUCAGCUACAUCUUCAUGAGAGCUGUGUGUUGUCACUCAAAUUUGCUCAUUGUGGCAAAUGGUUUGUAAGCACUGGAAAAGAUAAUCUUCUUAAUGCCUGGAGAACACCUUAUGGAGCCAGUAUAUUCCAGUCCAAAGAAUCUUCAUCAGUGCUUAGCUGUGACAUCUCUGUGGAUGAUAAAUACAUAGUCACUGGCUCUGGAGACAAAAAAGCUACAGUCUAUGAAGUUAUUUAUUAGAGACAAAUCUAAAUGCAGGCAGAACUCCUUCUCCUAGCACUUUGAUGUAUUUUUUUUUUUCUCCCCCCCCCCCCUUUUUUUUUUUUUUUUUUUUCCCCCCCCCCCCCCUUUUUUUUUUUUUUUUUUUUUUUUUUCCCCUCCUUUUUUAAACUAAGAACUUAAAUGCUGAUCACAGUUGUGGAAUUUAUUUUUACCUUCUUAAAUUGCUAUUGAUUUGUGAAUGCUCAUUAAGAACUUGCGAUACCAAACUGUCAGAUAGCUAUUUAGGAGAAGAUUGAAUAAGCAUACUUAACAGUGAACUUGACUCUUUAAUUAUGUAUUAUAGCUGUAAUGUAUUUAUUUUGUGUAAAGAAGGCUUUCUAACAAUGAACUGACUAAAUAAAGCUGUCUGGCCCGGCUUUAGUUUAAAAGGUGCAUUGAAUACUUUUUGUUUUUGCUAGAGGAUAAAUUGGGGAUUCUGGAGAAGGAUGUUCAAGUGAUAGUGAAAACUACACUAAAUAGGCUUGUAGUUUCUAUUUAAAAAA